AUCAGUCUUAAUUUCAAAACGUUGCCGACUUCUUCACACAUCCAGAACUCAGUGAGAGCUCAACUUCCUCUAGAAUAACAGAUAGAUCUACUGUAAACCGCGCAGUAUGUCCGACUAUUCGGACCUUGAAGACAUGGUCAUCAGCAAUUUUUUGGAUCACAAUGAGAGCUACCUUAACUACACAUAUGAAGAAGGGGCCAUGUGCAACGGAGAGAACACGUACUUAAGAAGUAUUUUCUUCCCGUGUGUGUACUCGCUCCUGUUCGUACUGGGAAUCGUGGGCAAUGGCCUGGUUGUGGUCAUUAUGGGUUACCAGCGAAGGUAUCGCACCAUGACGGACAAGUACAGACUACACCUGUCCGUGGCCGACCUGCUCUUCGUUCUGACCCUGCCCUUCUGGUCCAUCGACGCCGGCCAGAACUGGUAUUUUGGAGACGCGCUGUGUAAGAUCAUUCACAUCAUUUACACUGUGAACUUAUACAGCAGUGUUUUAAUUCUGGCCUUCAUUAGUCUAGACCGCUACUAUGCGGUUGUACAUGCAACCAAUAGUACCGGACCGCGGAAGAUGUUGGUUAAUCGCUUAGUUUAUGUGGGCGUCUGGUUACCAGCUAUUCUUCUCACUGUGCCCGAUAUGAUAUUUGCGAAAACUAGAAAUCUCAUCGACAGAAUCGUGUGCGAGCGCAUUUACCCACAGGGAAGUUACCAGUCUUGGCUGAUCGCGUUCCGAAUCCAAGGGAUAGCGGUGGGAUUCGUCCUCCCUGGUCUGGUCAUCCUGGUAUGCUACUGCAUUAUUAUCUCCAGACUCUCCCAUUCCACUGGCUUUCAAAAGCGCAAAGCCCUAAAAAUAACCAUCAUCCUGAUCGUCACUUUCUUCAUCUGCUGGCUGCCCUAUUACAUCGUCAUCUCCAUUGACACUGUGAUGCUCAUGAAAGGCAGCGAGUAUUCCUGCGGUAUGGAACAAAUUGUGUACACUUCGAUGGCCAUCACCGAAGCCGUCGCCUUCUUCCACUGCUGUCUGAAUCCCAUUUUGUACGCUUUUGUCGGCGUGAACUUCAGAAGUUACACCCGUAGAGUCUUUAGUCACUCGGAACACACCAGGUGCUCUUCAAUGAAAAAACUUCGAGGAAGAGACAGAAGAGGGACCCACCCAUCAGUUUCUACCGAGUCAGAAUCAUCCAGUCUUCAGUCCAGUUGUUAGAUUACUUGGCGUGAAGUCAAAGAACACUGUAUUAAUUCCAAGUUUAUUGCGUGUGUAUCGAUUUUCACCUGUCUUUCUAUUAUUUUAAUGUCACAGUUGCUAUUUAUACAAAAGCAACACACACAAAAUGCUGAAGAAACCCAGCAGCUCAGGUAGGAUCCAUGAAAAUGAAUACAGUCCGCCCGAAACGUCCAAUUUAUUACCUUCCAUAGAUGCUGCCUGGCCUGCUGAGUUCCUCCAGCAUUUUGUGUGCGUUGCUCUGGAUUUCCAGCAUCCUCAGAAUCUCUUGUGUUGGUUAUUUAUACAAAGUGUUAUUUAUGUCUCCAAGUCCGUUUUGCCUUUUUUGAAAAGUACUUUUUAUUCUAUUUUGUUCCAUUGGAUUUUUGCUGGCUUCUCCAUGCUUUUGAAAAGAGUGAAACUUUGCAAAAUUGCUUUUACUGCAAGUAUAAAUAAAGCUUGAUAUUGUGUAAGAUUGUUACAUGAUUUUUGCUUCCUGGAGUUGUAAACUGUUAUGGAUUUUGAUGUAACUGAGGUCAAGUGAGUUGUUUGUAAUCUUCAUGAACUACUGAUUUGAAUCUUGGUCAAGAUAAUUUGUAUUUGUAUCAGAGCUCCCUGAAAAUGGAUCUGAGACACUUACACAUAUAAUGUAAAUACAUUUUUAUUUCUUAUAUAAAAUUUCAUGAUAUAUUUCUUUCCAUAACUUAAUGUCCAACUUUGCUAAAUUGUUCUCACAGAACACACACCUUGCAAGAUAUUAAUGAACUCUGACUCUCAACUCUAAUACUGUACACCCAACACAAUAAAGGUCAGCACAGCAAAUGCUUCAGAGUGGAAACACUUCACAUCACAUGACAAUAUGACUUGGAAAUACAUCCCGGUUCCUUCAUCAUUCUUGGUCCAAAUCCCAGGAACUUGACCCAACUCUAUUGUUGUAAAGUUUUACAAACACUACCUCACUCUUGCUUGUCAAAUGGAAAACAGAUAUGAGCUACUGCCCUUGGCUGUGAUCUUCACAGCAUAUAAAUUAAUAGUAAAUACUUAGUGUGGAAAGGAUCCUGCAGGAUAGGAGCUUCAGGUGCUUACUUGCUCCUGCUAACGAUCAGGACUUGCAGGGAACUCCUAGGUUUGCAAUCAUCCCAUAUAAAAAGAUCUCAAUAAGGCGGGCCAGAGGGAAUGUGAAAUCUUGUGGGAUUUCAGUUGCACUUCAUUCUUCUGGGUUUGUUCUGCUUAGUCUCUGACAUUAAACCAAGACCAGUCUGAAUCCUGGCACUUCCUCAAAAAGCAGAGGAGUUAUUUCUCCAACAGCCCGGCCAGAACCUCAUCUUUCAGACACCAUAAUCAGAAACCGGACCCGGUCCACUGCCAUCAACCAAGUCCAGUUUUGAAGUCUGACCAAGCUGAUCCUCCACAACUGCGAGUACUCCCACACAGUAAGUGGGCAACUCCAGCAAAUCGGCCCUUCAAAGCUCCUGGAGCCUUUUGGCAGCUCAGUGCUACCAUGAGUCUGAAAUAUUAUGACAUACCAGGGGUGAUUGAUAAGUUUGUGGCCUAAAGUAGAAGGAAUCAAUUUUUAAAAGCCUAGCACAUUUAUUUUUUAACAUAGUCCCCUCCUACAUGUACACACUUAGUCCAGUGGUCAUGGAGCAUACGGAUCCCUUCUUUGUAGAAAUUGUACCUCCAGAAAGUGGUUCAC